UUCUUAAUAAUUCCUUUCACAACACAAUAGAGUGACAUAAAUCGCCCACCACUAAAAAGCACCGUUGAAACUCUGGCGGUGCUUCUCUAUUAUCUUAAGAUCGGUACUUCUUCGGAACUCAUCCUCUUUAGGAUUCAUCGGCAUCCAGUCACUCUUAUGUAAGUAAACAUUCAACCAGUUUCUCUGUUGUAAGUUAUUUUACAGGCAAUUCAAUUGCAGGCAUCAAAGGUACAACUAUGCCAAGUUCUAGCGAGUGGGGGCAAUACUACCAACAAGCCCUCAUGGAUAAUGGGCAGAAAACAACACCCAUUAGUGGAGGGUUUUCUGAUUCCACUAUUGUCACAACAAGUAGUCCUACUGUGACAGAAAUCAGCCCCAGCAGCCCUAGUGGGGGCCAGCUCACGCCAUCAGGAAGUGUGUCAAAACCCAUCAGAAGGAGGUCUAGGGUUUCAAAGAAGACGCCCAUCACCCUCCUCAAUGCCAACGCCAACAACUUUCGAGAUUUGGUGCAACAAUUCACAGGUUGUGCUGCUUCUAGCACACCCCUUUCCUUUGGGAGCCAAAAGGGUCCGAUCAACUUGAGUUUUGGAUCCAAUAAUAACGUGACUAGCUCUGUAGUGGCACCUUUUGACAAUCAUAACUAUAACUACCAGUAUCAUCAACAAUUGCAGCGGUUGGCGCAGCCGCCGCUACAAGUACAGCAACAACAACGACAACCGCUGCUACAGUUGCAAGAAAACCAACACUUACAUCAAGGGGAACAACAAAUGUAUCCGAUUGACAAUGUUAGCGGUAGUGGUAACGAUGUGUUUCAAUAUUCGUCGAGUAGUGUUAAUUAUAAUCCUAUGCAAAGUGUGGAGGUUGUGGAUGGUUUUGUCAUGGAUCAGGAAGAUAUAGCUUUGCAUGAAUAUUCGAGGGAAUUUUUCUCCAGUUAGAGUAAAGUACUACAUAUUCAUGACUAGGUCAAAUAAAAAACAAAAGCAAUGGAAAUUUCUCUUUGAUUAUUCGUUAAUGUUUUAUGCUGUAAUAUUAGAAUAAUCAAGCCAUCAUUUUCAGAUUUUGCUCAUA